GUCUGCUUGUCCCUACGAGCUUGUGCUCUCAAUGGCUUUCAGGACUUCUUUUAUUUGAAUGCCUGGACUUUUUUAUAAUUUCGCCCUGAGAAACCAAUAAUGGAUAUCCUAUGGAUUUUAUGGAUACUACCCACGGCAUUGGCUGUUGAAGAAACAUUGAUGGACUCCACCACGGCAACAGCUGAGCUGGGCUGGACCGUCUAUCCCACAUCAGGGUCAAGUGAAAACAGCUGGGAGGAGGUGAGCGGCUACGAUGAAGGCAUGAACACCAUCCGCACCUACCAGGUGUGCAACGUCUUCGAGAGUAACCAGAACAACUGGGUGCGCACCAAGUACAUCCGCCGGCGUGGUGCGCAGCGCAUUCACGUGGAGAUGAAGUUCUCGGUGCGCGACUGCGGCAGCAUCCCCAACGUGCCGGGCUCAUGCAAGGAGACCUUCAACCUCUACUACUACGAGUCGGAUGCUGACACGGCCACCAAGACCUCGCCGCCGUGGAUGGAGAACCCGUGGAUCAAGGUGGACACCCUCGCUGCCGACGAGAGCUUCUCGCAGGUGGACCUGGGCGGUCGAGUCAUGAAGAUCAACACCGAGAUACGCAGCUUUGGGCCGGUCUCCCGCAACGGCUUCUACCUGGCCUUCCAGGACUACGGCGGCUGCAUGUCGCUCAUCGCCGUGCGUGUCUACUACCGCAAGUGCCCGGCCGUGGUGCGCAACGGCGCCGCCUUCCAGGAGACGCUGGCGGGCGCUGAGAGUACUUCUCUGGUGCUGGCACGCGGUGUUUGCAUCCCCAACGGCGAGGAGGUGGACGUGCCCAUCAAGCUCUACUGCAACGGCGACGGCGAGUGGAUGGUGCCCAUCGGACGCUGCAUGUGCAAGGCCGGCCACGAGCCCAUGGACAAUGGCACUGUCUGCAAAGCAUGUCAGUCAGGCUCCUUCAAGCCGUCCCAGGGCGACGACUCGUGCAUCCAGUGUCCAAUCAACAGCCGCACUACCAGCGAGGGCGCCAUCAACUGUGUGUGCCGCAACGGCUACUACCGCGCAGACUCGGACCCCCUGCAGAUGCCCUGCACCACCAUCCCGUCGGCGCCACAGGGGGUCAUCUCCAGUGUGAACGAGACGUCACUGAUGCUGGAGUGGCGGCCCGUUGAUCAGCGACGCGGCGUCGUCUACAACAUCAUCUGCAAGAGCUGCGGGGGCGGUGAUGGCGGCUACUACUGCAGCGCUCGCGGCAACAGCGUCAAUACUCGCCCGGCAGCUGGGCCUCACCGGCAACGCGUCCACAUCAGCGACCUGCUGCGGCGCCACCGCAGCGCCGAGGUGCAGGCGGUCAACGGCGUGUCGGACCAGAGCCCGUACUCACCGCAGUACGCGUCAGUCAACAUCACCACCAACCAGGCCGCUCCGUCUGCGGUCUCCAUCAUGCACCAGGUCAGCCGGACUGUGGACAGCAUCACUCUCUCAUGGUCCCAACCUGACCAGCCCAAUGGAGUCAUCCUGGACUAUGAGCUUCAGUACUAUGACAAGGAGCAGUCGGAGUAUAACGCCACCGUCCUGCGCAGUCAGACCAACACAGCGGUCAUCCGCGGUCUGAAGUCCGGGGCUAUCUAUGUGUUCCAGGUGCGGGCCCGCACUGUGGCCGGAUUUGGACGCUACAGCGGCAAGAUGUACUUUCAAACCAUGACCGAAGCGGAGUAUAACAGCAGCAUCCAGGAGAAGCUUCCUCUUAUCGUGGGCUCAGCUGCUGCCGGUUUGGUCUUUCUCAUCGCAGUGGUUGUCAUCGUCAUUGUAUGUAACCGUCGGGGCUUCGAGAGGGCCGACUCGGAAUACACGGACAAGCUCCAGCACUACACCAGCGGCCACAUGACUCCAGGAAUGAAGAUAUAUAUCGAUCCGUUCACCUACGAGGACCCCAACGAGGCCGUGCGAGAGUUCGCCAAGGAGAUCGACAUCUCCUGCGUCAAGAUCGAGCAGGUCAUCGGCGCCGGUGAGUUUGGCGAGGUGUGCAGUGGUAACCUGAAGCUGCCGGGUAAGAGGGAGAUGUUUGUGGCCAUCAAGACGCUCAAGUCGGGCUACACGGAGAAGCAGAGACGGGACUUCCUGUCGGAGGCCAGCAUCAUGGGCCAGUUCGACCACCCCAAUGUCAUUCACCUGGAAGGCGUGGUCACCAAGAGCAGCCCUGUGAUGAUCAUCACCGAGUUCAUGGAGAAUGGCUCGCUAGACUCCUUCCUCAGGCAAAAUGACGGGCAGUUCACGGUGAUCCAGCUGGUGGGCAUGCUGCGCGGCAUCGCCUCGGGCAUGAAGUACCUGGCCGACAUGAAUUACGUGCACCGCGACCUGGCCGCCCGCAACAUCCUGGUCAACAGCAACCUGGUGUGCAAGGUGUCCGACUUCGGACUCUCGCGCUUCCUGGAGGACGACACGUCUGACCCGACCUAUACCAGCGCCCUGGGCGGUAAGAUCCCGAUCAGAUGGACCGCUCCCGAGGCUAUCCAGUACAGGAAGUUCACCUCGGCCAGCGACGUGUGGAGCUACGGCAUCGUCAUGUGGGAAGUGAUGUCGUACGGCGAGAGGCCCUACUGGGACAUGACCAAUCAGGACGUGAUCAACGCCAUCGAGCAGGACUACCGGCUGCCACCGCCCAUGGACUGCCCCAGCGCGCUGCACCAGCUCAUGCUGGACUGCUGGCAAAAGGACCGCAACAACCGGCCCAAGUUCAGCCAGAUCGUCAACAACCUGGACAAGAUGAUUCGCAACCCCAACAGCCUCAAGGCCAUGACCCCGCUCUCCUCAGGUGUUCACCUGCCUCUGCUGGACCGCAGUGUGCCCGACUUCUCCAGUUUCAGUACAGUGGACGAGUGGCUGGACGCCAUCAAGAUGGGCCAGUACAAGGACAACUUUGCCAACGCAAACUUCACCAGCUUUGACGUGGUCUCCCAGAUGACCAUGGAGGACAUCCUGCGGGUAGGCGUGACGCUAGCUGGCCACCAGAAGAAGAUUCUGAACAGCGUACAGAUGAUGCGGGCGCAGAUGAACCAGAUCCAAUCAGUGGAGGUCUGAACACCCCUCCAGCCAGCCGUCAGCCAAUCACAGAAGGACUCCCCGCCCCCUGGCCCGCCCAUUAAUGGAUUGGGUGUGGUUGGGUGGGUGGGGACGCCUCUCGUCAUGAUGGAAAAAAAAAAUAGUAAAAAUCCCCCUACACCAGUCUUCCCAUUGACCCUGGUUCAAGGGGGAACUUCUUCCAGUUGCAACCUUUAACUCUUUCCCCCACACAUUUUAUUUUUCUGAAAUUCAAACCCCCCCUCCCGAGCCCCUUUCCCCUCAGCAUAACUUCCAUCCCCUGCUCUGUAAACAGUUGUGGAGAAUAGGGGUAGGUGGAAGAGGGGUCCCCCAUCUAACUCGGUGCUCACCAGCACGGCCAUCAACUAGUGACAGUUUUUUUUGCGACUUCCAUCCUCUACAAAAGAAAACAUCCUUUAAGCGGUGUCUGUUUCUUCCCCUCCUCUUUUACGGAUUGUUUAUCCAUUCAUUUUUUUGUUUUUCCUCCAAAUUUUGUACAAAAUUUUGUAUUGAAAAUGAGAAAAGCUACCAGAACAUGAUGAAUCUAUAUUAAUCAAUAUAGAUGGUGUAAAAUUGUAAAGUAGGUGAACUGAAUCACAAGGCUUCCCUUUAAAAGGGCAAUGGAAAUAAACAUUGGAAAGAUUUGCGGCAUGAAGUGUGUGUGUGUGUGGGGGAGGGGGUCCAUCACCGGCCCCCCUGCGAACAGUUUGAAGACUUUCAUUAUUAUAUUUUAUUGUGGAAAUGAACUGUGGGUCUGUUGGCUGGACAAGCUACAGGCCCCCAGUGACGCUUCUUCAGUAGACAUGAGAGAGAAACGAAUGGUACACCAUGAGAUGGAAGUUCCUUUUGGGCAGGAACCACUGCCACUGAGAAAAUUGCAGGAACUAUUUGCAAAUUUCCAACACAUGAACUCUUGAGAACAACAACUACAACAACAACAAAAAAUAUCAGCAAACAAACAAACAACAAGUAUGUCUUCGUCCUAACCAACAACAACUUUGACAGUGUUUAAAUUUGUGAUGAUUUCAUUAUUCCUUUCACCGCGGAGGGGACACACACACACACACACAAAAAAAAAAUAACUUUAUACCAAGAAAAUCACAGUCUGCCAAAUGGAACCCUCCUGUUGUACCUCAGAUGCCAUCCGUUGUCAUCAUCCUGUGACAUAUCAGAUGCUUGCGACAUUGUGAUGUCACUUUUAGGAGCCUGAAGUACUCUGGAAACCUCACUGGUGUUUUCAUUCAGGAUUUGUUGGAUUGAUGCAUUUCUUAAUGUUAGGAGUGCUAGGUGGAGGUCACUGUUGUCAUGAAUAUGUCCAUUUAUUUUCCUUUUUGACUUUUUUUCCUGAAAUGUUAGUUGUGGACCUUAAUUAUGCAGUAUCAUAAAAGGCAUCACAAAUGCCUCUGCUGCAAAUGCAUAGAGAUAAAAAAAAUAUGUUUUGGGUGUUCUCCUCCUAAAUUGUUUACAUAGAAGGACCCUGAGUGCACAUAUGCUUAAUCACAUUUAGACUUCCCUCCUUUCUGUUUUCAGUCUCACUGUGUGUGUGUGUGUGUGUGUGUGUGUGUGUGUGUGUGUGUGUAAAGAGAGAGAGAGAACACAUACGUUUGGACAUGCGUUGGCUUGCUUGUGCUUGUAUGUGUGUGUGUGUGUGUGUGUGUGUGUGUGUUUGUGUGAGCAUGCCAACAUAACGAGUGACUUCACCAGGAGCUUGGGUUUUUGAUACACUUUACAGAUCACUGUGUUGAUGUGUGCUUAACCUUUUGGAUUUGUUUUUUUGAAAGAUGUUUUUUCUUUAAUUGAAACUUUUUUUUUUUAAAGCAAGUAGAGGACCGUCUUUAAAUACUGGGCAGUAAUGUGAAGAGUGGAAGUGUAUUAUUAUGAUUAAUAUUAUUAUUAUCAUUGUUAUUAUUAUUAGUCAGUGCUGUGGGGAGUUUGGAGACCUU